AUGUACAGACUUGUCGCAAAUCCGGAGGGCACCGGCGACGACGACGACGACGACGGGUGCCAUGCCGCGCGGGCGCACUCCCCUACGGACGAGGCGAACGUCGUCGGCAACGAGAGCGAUGACUCCGCGUCGUCUUGCCAGCUAGGGCACACCACCGCCAAAACCGGCAGCAUGGCAGCCGAAGAGGGAAUGCUAGGUGGUGGCCUGGGCGCGAAAUUGAAAUGCCCAACCCCCAUAUCGCGGUUGAGGGUGGAAAAGAUCGAAGGUGGCCUGAUGGUGGCCGGCGUAGUAAUAGCGGCAAACUGUCAGAUCGCCCUUCCGGCAUUCGGCACUCUCUUCAUGCUCGUCGGCGCCGUCCUCACUGCUGCUUCUUAUCGCGGCCCGGGCGAGGACGAGGACAAAAACUCGUACGCCGCACGAAUCGCCUUUACCGGCAAUUCCCGUAUUCUAGGGCCGAUCUGCAUAGUUGUGGGCGCUCUUAUGCUCGCGCUCGGCGUACUACUUUGCAUGCUGACGAGACGAGCCAGGCGGAGGGAGCGCAGAGUGGGCUUCCACUGUCCACUUCACGGGGACUUCUAUCCUCUGAGUCCAGUCCAAGGUAUCAAGAUGCUCGGGGUAUCUGGCAAAGACGUAAGCGGAUGGCCGAAGAUCCCGUAUCUAAAAGGCCGUACGUCUAGCAAAAGAGGAAGCGGUGCGGGAGGGCCGCACGUAGGUCCACCGCAGUGUCCGCAUUCUGUUUUGAGCAGCACCCGCAGUUCGGUGAGCAGCUCACCUUUGAGCCCGUGCCCGACGCCUAUGCCCUUUCUGGUGACUUCGGGCUCCGUCAGUAGCAGCAUGGUGCAAAGCGUCGGGGCCAAUCUAUCACCGGACCAAACAUUCGGAUCGAUCCGGUCGCUUUCAGUGACGAGAGAAGUAGCUAGCUUUCCCCUGUCGCGAACGCCCACGCCGCCCCCGCAGCACAGACCGUCGGCAGUGCUGACGGCGAACCCUGAGGAACUGGUGGGCGUCGGUAGCCCCUUGAGGGAGGCUUCACCCAGGCCAGAGGUGCGCGUGGUCGCGCCCUCCCAUCGGCCACCACCAACGUCCGCCCUGGCGACUACGACGAACGGCGGUCACGUCGUCUCCACGGCGAACCGCAAAUCCGUCAGCAUAUUACUACCAGAGCAGAGCAGUGGAUGACAGCAGCAAACACAGCGACAGCAACCGCUGCAACAGCAGCAGCAGCAGCAGCAACAGCAACAGCAACACGGCUUCGUGCACCGUUGCGACGAGCAGCCGCUCUCGAUUUAGGAGCAUCUCGCUCGUCUGCGAGAGGACGCGUCUCGCGUUACGCGUCACGAUUCGAUCCGAGUAACUGAGAGUUAAUUGAUCUCAUCGCGUUUCUCCUGUGACCCGCUCGGGCACAGUCUCCGCAUGCAGAGGAGGGUGGGGGUGAGUGCGAGAGUGAAAUAGUCGCCUGACGGAUGACGAUCCGUCAGGAGGCGAGUGAUUGAUGACUGGUUAAUGUCGGUUAACGUCACGCACCACGGAUCGCGAACUGUCCGUUUUAAGCUUGACCGUGUUAGAUAGCAGUCGGCGCGCAAGAUCCGAGAGGGUCGAACGAUAUCAUUGACAUUUAGGAGAUGAUGGGCCUCGUAACGGAUUCCGUCACUUAGCCGAUUGAUCAACGAUACUCCACGCGAACCGAUGAUUUGACCGUUGUGUAUCAUCAUUGUUCAUACGGAGAUGUUGCCCGUGCAAGAAACCGUGCUCGGUGUCUCCACAGACCAAUGGCAAGCCACCACACCAGUUGUCAGAAUGCAUAAAAAAUUAUCACGGGGACGAAACAAAUGAAACUGCGAUCGCUGGAAAUUUUCCAGUACAUGUACAUAGGCGAAAGAGGAACAAACAACGUUGGAAAAUUUUUCUUUUAUUUCCGAGUCGUGGUGGAUCGAUCGCGCUUCGAUUCGUUGCAUUAUUAGAGCGUUAUUCUGCAUUAUUAAUAAUCUAGAGAGGUACACAACGCGCGCUACUGAUCAGAGGUGCUAUUCGACACGCAUGUCUUAAUAUUUGAAAAUUGCACGUUAGCGUUGUAUCAUGAUACAAAUAUAAUAAUGCGCUGUGUGCGUGGCAGCUACCAAGUACAUGACAAAUAAUACGUAGAAAUUUAUCUUUUGCUCGGAGAGCAAAAUAAAUAAAUCUGCAAAACGUAUAAAGCCGAUACGUUCGCAUUUGAUUAAAAGCAUAGCAAGCCUUUUAUAUUAUAUUUAACGAAAAUUGAACAUUUUGCAAUGGAAGAAACUAUUUAGCAAAUUAGAUUUGACUCACGAUGCUUCUGCAACUCGUCGACAGAACAAUUUUGAACUUUUUUUUAGCGACUAUAAUGUAAUCGUAUGCGAAUUGAAUUUUUUACACACAGUUAUCUUUUGCUAUCGUUAUUUUGUACGCUGGAUGAUUUUUCUAAUCAGAAAUAAAUGAUAAUUUACUUGUAUUUAGAGAUAUUUAUUAUUUGAUAUGAAAUAUUAUAAAUAUUAAGUGAUGAAAAUUGGUAAUAGUUAGCUUGCCCUUUUUAUCGAAAGUGUGAAUAUUCGCCGUGUGUUAAUAUACCAUACGCAAACAUAUCUUGCCUCUUUGUACAUUAAGGACUCAUUCUCAGCGGACUACGCCAGAAUCCGCAACGAUCCUUUCCCCGCGCAUCGAAAGGGUUAAUGGACUGGGAGACACCCAGCACGGUUUCUCACUAACAGCAUUAAUUAAAUCUCAGUUAUUCAGGACUCGCGUCGAGCGACACGCCUUCCUAUUUAUACACCGCCAAGCUCCAUCGUCUCGAACAUUUACACUCCGGUAGAUAUUCGUCGCAACGGGGCGCGUUUCUGGCCAAAAGUAGUCCUUAAGGUAUCCUCGCGCGUGAUUUAACACGUCCCUCGAGGCGUCAAACGUGAUCCAACGAAGUGAGAGAGGUCGAGAUCAAUCCGAAUCCUCUCCUCCCUCUUGCUCUUGCGAUUUAUUCCUCUUUGGCCCUCCAGCACUGAAAACGGUCGAAAACUUAUCGAAUUAUCAGAUUUGUUACAGCAGCGGUUUCACUUUAAAGUCGAUGAGUCGAUACGUUUGUACAUUGAUUGCAAUGUUUUAUCGCGCAAUCACGGACUUCAAUUUAUCAAAAUUUCUUAUUAACGAUGUAAAAUAAAACUCUGAAAAAUAUCAGGCGCUAUUGAAUAAGGCAAGCGUAUUUAUUAAGGCACUAUAUAUUCACGGCAUCUUAGCCUUUCGCUGAUUCAGCUUUGUCAUAAGAACGAUCUUUGGUACUGGAGGGAGGCUGAAAGGCGAAUCUCUCUCUUUCUCUCUCUCUCUCUCUCUCUCUCUCUCUCUCUCUCUCUCUUUCACGGCCGAAUCUCUAAUAUUGCCACGAGAAUCAAUAUCGCGAGAAUUGCGGGCAAAGGUUCCCAGGUAGGUAAAUAUAUUAACUAAGCAUUAGAUGAACCGUCGCGGGUCAUACGGAUGACGUUGGCAGGUGUUCAAAUCUCGCCUAGAAACAGACCCGAUAAGAUGUUCGGUCCAAUUCGCGCAGGAUCGAGAUGACGAUCUUAUUUUUAAUCCAGGCGAAUUAUCUCUGGUCCGAUUUAGCUGAUUCAACGAAAGGCACUUAACCCAUACUUAUGUUAGUGAAGUAGUACGACAGACUCUCGUACGAUCAAGCGCGACAUUUCAGCCUUUUUUUUUUCAAAAUUGACUUUUUAAAUGUAUUGGCUUCUGAACAAAUUUAUCAAUUUUUUAACAUUUAUUUAAAGUCUUUAAUUUUUGACAGCGAUUAGAGAAAUUGUGUAAUAUUUCAUGUUUAACAAUUUUGAAAAAUGACGUUGAUUACCAUGAUUGAAUAUCACUAUUGGAUUUAUGUAGGAUCAUUUAUCACAUUUAAAAUGUCAGACAAAUGUCUGAGAAAUUUAUAUAAGUUCUCGCGCGAUUGUAAAUAACUUACGAAACUUUUGACAUGAAGAAAUGCAUAUAUUGGAGAGUUAACAAUUUCGUAUGAGUAUCUCCGAGAGAAAGACUGCUCGAAGUAUUGACUAAUAGAUUGAGAGUCGGGUCGAAACGACUAGCAGUAUGACUGUAAUCAUUGACAAUCUAUUAUAGAAGAUACUCCUGUCGCUAAACCGGAAGAAGCAGCGAGAGAAAGAUUUCGGGGAUACGAAAGCUUGAAAAAAAUCAUGACAUCAAAGUUUGAUGAAAAAAACGAUAAAAGGAUCGAGACGACUAAAAAAAUUAAAAGAAGGGGGAGUGCAAAAGAGCGGCAGUCUCGGACAUCCAACAUUCCAUCGCUCAAUAAUACUUAUACAUACAUAAUAAAUGAAGUAAAUGAUUUUCAAAAGUAAAUUUUAUAAAACAUAACUAGUUAAGUUAAUUAAUCUUUAUUUUAUUUUUACGAAAUGAUUUAUUUACGGCAAAAUCAUUUGUUCGAAAUUCUAAUAACGAUAUAUUAAUUAGGGACUCAGUGUAAAAUUUAAAAAUGAGAUAUUGAAAAUCUUUAGUAUUAAAUAUUUUAUUUUUGUGUCAGCUAUACACAUGUCAAAUAUGUAGAUCUGAAAACGAGAGAUUCUUUUCGAGAGAUUAAGGCCAAUACGUAUUUUACCUUUGUCAGACAAAGAUAAUAAUUUAUUAUUUAUAAUGAUAAUCUGUUUUUAACAAGCUUGUUAAAUUUUGCUACCAUUACCCUUUUACUACAAUAUAUACAGACCUCACCUAUUCCACGUUUCACAAAUUCGAACACGGCAAUCAAUGAAUCAUGUGAACAUCGUUCCGUCGAAAAUAUUCCAUUCGGUAUAAGAUCGUAAACUCGUUAAAGUCGACGACGUUUUGAAUUUGGCACAUUAGACAAACACCGUCGAUCCUCUUAUUUUCGAAUGUCGACUUUUUUGUCCUCUGGAACUCGCAAUUGGAUCUCGAGCACGAGAGACGCACGUUACGUCGUGAAAGAUCAUCGAUGUCGAAAAGCAAAUGUUAUCAUCUCGGUAAUAGGACGAAAAGUGAAAUUCUUCCCGCGCUGUUGUUUCGCGAUGAAAAGCAAGACGAGAGCAGGUUUUAACGAGUAACGCGAUCCCCCAACACGACGCUAACCCGUAGCAAUCGGAUUAAGUGCUUUUGAUGGAAUUGACCGAAACUGGAUAUGGGGCUUUUGUGACGCUAAUUAACACGUAUCGCUCUGAGCGUCCGCGAAAAAUAUAAACAGACAGAUGCGCGGCAACUGGAAAUACGAGCUUUAUUACGAGAGAAAAAAAUUAUUAUCCUAUGAUGAAUGAACGCGAUUUCUAUUAUCAGUCCUAAACUUGAAAA